CGGCGCUAUAGGUCGUCAGGCUCACUCAGUUACGGAGACAGCGGAAGUUGGCGGAAUUUAUUGAUACUACUGACAUAUCUGGCCAGCAGAAUGGGUGCCAGAAUCUUCAUCACUGCCGGCACAGGCUACGUUGGCGGCACAGUCCUCGACACUUUGACGAAGCGCCAUCCGGAAUACAAGAUUACCGCGCUCCUGCGCAACGUCCCUGAUGACUUUGCCGCACGUUAUCCCAACGUUCGCGUCGUUCGCGCGGCUGAGAAUGACGUCGUCAUCCACGGCGGAAAGCCGAAGCACCUCCCGAGCCUCCAAGCCCACAUCGCUGGCCUCCUUCGCCGUUCUCAACCCGGACCCGGUUUUCUAAUCCGUCUCGCCGGCACCGGUAUCAUCGCCGACUGGCAGAACGGACCUUACGCCGAGCUCAACCCAAAGGUUUGGUCUGACAUCGACGAUAUCGAGGAGAUCACCAGUUUCCCCGAGGAAUAUCUGCACCGACCAGCCGACAAGAUCUUGCAAGCCGCCGCCGCUCAACAUGGUGACAGACUCAAAACGGCGAUCAUCUGCCCGUCAGGCAUCUACGGACCAGGAAGGGGACCCGGCAACAUCCGCAGCCUGCUCAUACCCGAGAUGUGCGAGAAUAUGCUCGAAUUGGGAUACUCCUUCUAUGCGCUGACGGGCGCAAACCGGAGGUCGUGGAUUCAUGUUGACGAUGUGGCUAACAUAUAUCUCAAGCUUGUGGAGGCUGCUGUCGCAGGGGGAGGAGAUGCGACGUGGGGGAAGGAGGGGUACUACUUUGCCACCAGCCAAGAAAUGUCGCAGCUGGAUCUGGCCCGGGAGGCGGGUAAGAUCCUCCACAAACACGGUCUGAUUCCCACGAGCGAGCCGAAGAGUUUGUCUGUUGAGACUGUGAGAGAGAUGCGGGGGGGCUCGAGCUGGGAGCCGAUGGGAGUGUACACCUGGGCCUGUAACACGCGGGUGCGCGCCGAUCGCGCAAAAUCUCUCUUGGGUUUUGCCCCGAGUGCACCCAGUGUCCAGAGUGCCUUGGAGGCGGAUCUUCUAGAUGCUGUCCAGCAUGUCAAGGAAAAUGGGCCAACGUAUUGUCCGGGACUUCGGCUUUAGGCAGGAGACUGGCCUACCCUUCAAUAUGGGCUCAUCUUGUACGGUGUUCACUUCUGAGUGUCAUGUCGAGUUCUGUGCAUUCUUGACCACACUCGAUCAAGCUUGAGAGGCCCACUGAUUUCGCAUUCAGUCGGAUUUUACGUUUCUGUUAAGUAACCAUCUCGCUCUCAGGUCUUUCGAUUGCAGAGUCCGCAACCAUUUGAAUAUGAUCCGUCUCUUUAUGGUCGAUGAACAUAAGAGUCUCGUUGGUACACCUGUUCUCACAAGAUCAAAACGAC